AUGGACGCCAAGAUAUGGCUCAAUUCGCACGUGAACUUGUACCGUGCACAAAUAGCCAGUGGCAGCGGCGACAUUGAUUUCGCUGCCGACCCAGCAUCAUCAACGUCUGACGCGGCGUUACGCAUAUUUUAUUCGAAAGGCUCAUAUUCGCUGAAGAGCUCUCCCAUCGGUGGCGCAUCUUUCUACUCGCAACCUUUCCUCAGCACCAAUUUGGAGCUGCUGGUGUCUUACUCUGUCUACUUUCCGCCCGGCUUUGACUUUGUGCAAGCUGGGAAGCUUCCGGGGAUCUAUUCGAGCGUAGGGUCGCAGCAGGCGGAUGGCAGCAUCGAUGCCAACACAGACGGGUGCAGUGGUGGUGCUCAAGGGGAGGCUGGAGCUAGCUGCUGGAGUGUCAGGGUGAUGUGGAGGACGGGUGGCGUAGGCGAGAUCUACGCCUACAUCCCGACCAAAAUAUCUGGUGGCUACGAUCUUUGUGCGAACGCCCAAACGUCAACGCAGCCCGUAUCACCUGGGUCGAUCAUCUGCAACAGCGACUACGGCACGUCAAUCGGCCGCGGCUCUUUUUCGCUGACGCGUGGUCAAUGGAACCAGAUCGCCUUGUACGUCCAAGUCAACAGCCCACACACCGCGAACGGUGUGCUGCAGAUGUACUACAAUGGCAAUCCGACACCAGCGGUGGAGAAGACCGGCCUGGUCUUCCGCAGCGGGACGACCGCGACGCAGCGAACGGGCCAAGGUGGUGGAAGCGGCAACAGCCGCAGCAGGCGAGGACUGGAGAGGCGGGACCUAUGGGACCAAGGAAGUCAGAAAUGGGUCGAUAAAAUCUUCUUCUCCACUUUCUUUGGAGGGUCCACGCCAGACUAUGCAGCCACAGCAGACACCUACUCGUACUUCAAGGACUUUUCAAUCUUUGCAGGUCAGAGCUUUUCGCAGCAAUCAGGGCAGCACUUCAAUGCAGCCUCCAGCCUCUCCCGUCCUGCUGCGCUCAGCCUGCUGAUCUGCACGACAGUACUUGCAUCUACAGCCGUACUAGUAUAGCUGGCUCAUGACUAGAUUUGCCUGCACGAGGUGUAGCAUUGUCAUAGCCGCAUGGACUCUACCUGCUCGACUUUUUCCCAAAGC